GCCAAACUGCUGUUCUCUGAUGGCAAAAAAGUUGUUCCCAGGUUGCCUCAUGAGCAGGCAGUACCAAAGCGUGCCCGACAGAUGGACGAGGAGCUGAAUCGCCGAGGGAGCCCCAUUCCCAAAAAGAGAAAGGGGCGGCCUCCAGGACAGAGCCUGUCGAACGACCGCGGAGCCUCAGGCAUGGCUGCGUGGAAGCUCAAAGUCUCUGAGCCCGUGAAAAGGGAUGGACCAAAGUGGGAUCCAUCCCGACUGACUGAAACCACAACCUUUGUGCUGGGAUCUCGAGCAAACAAAGCUCUCGGGAUGGGAGGAACAAGAGGGCGACUCUACAUCAAGCAUCCCCACCUCUUUAAGUACGCAGCUGACCCGCAGGAUAAGCACUGGCUGGCAGAGCAGCAGCACAUGAGGGCGACGGGGGGCAAGAUG